AUGUCAGCAAUGGCGACCCAACGUGAGGAAGACAUCAAGAUGAUGCUGGCCGCUCAGGUGCACAUCGGAACGCGUAAUGCUGACUCUAAGAUGGCGGACUAUAUCUGGCGCCGUCGUAAUGAUGGCAUUCACGUCAUUAACGUAGGCAAGACAUGGGAGAAGCUCAUGCUUGCUGCCCGUGUGAUUGUUGCUGUGGAGAACCCUGAGGAUGUAAUUGCCAUCUCUGCUCGCCCUUACGGCCAGCGUGCGGUGCUCAAAUUCGCCCAGCACACUGGAUGUAAUGCCAUUGCUAGUCGCUUUACCCCUGGUACGUUCACCAACCAGAUUACUAAGCAAUUCCGCGAGCCGCGUCUGCUCAUCAUCACGGACCCGCGCACUGACUCGCAGGCCGUGCGUGAGUCUUCAUUUGUCAAUGUUCCUGUAAUCGCGCUGUGUGAUUCGGACUCUCCGUUGCAAUUCGUCGAUGUGGCUAUUCCGGCUAACAACAAGGGAAAGCUUUCGAUUGGUUUGCUCUACUGGCUGCUUGCUCGUGAGGUGCUGCGUUUGCGUGGCACUAUCUCCCGUGCUCUCCCAUGGGACGUGGCUGUAGACCUAUUUCUAUACCGCGACCCUGAGGAACUCAAGAAGGCCGAAGAAGCUCAGGCUAUUGCUGGUGAUGAAAGUCAAGCCCGCCCUGGAUGGGGUGACGCUUCUCCGUCCCCGGUGGAGCCUGCCUUGUAUGCUGCCGAGCCCUCUGUUCCUGCUGCCACUGCUGCUGAGUGGACUGCUACCGGCAACACUGAGUGGUCGAGUGAAGCUGGCGCUGCUUCGAACUGGAAUGCCGCUGCUCCUGCUUCUGGCAGUGGAUGGGAGUAA